AUGCCCUCCGGCCUCAUCUUUAUCACAGGAGCAACGGGCUUCAUCGGCAGUGCUGUCGCCAUCAAGGCUCUACAAGCUGGCUACAGUCUGCGGAUUAGCGUUCGCAAGGAAGAACAGAUUCCCAACCUAAAGGCGGCCCUGUCUGAAUUUGAAGACAGAAUCGACUUUGUCAUCACCCCAGAUAUCACACAGCAGUCUUCCUUUGCCGGAAAGCUAGAUGGAGCCAACUACGUGCUGCACAUUGCCUCGCCCAUGCCCCAUGGAACCAACCCAGAGACAUACUUUGGCCCAGCCGUUAAAGGCACCACGGCUAUCCUGAAGGAAGCUGCUAAGGUUAGCAGCAUUAAGAAGGUGGUUAUUACUUCUUCAAUUGCUGCUUUAACACCUCCCUCGGGUCUUCCCGAAGGAGGAGUCAUUAAAGAGGACAAUGACUGGGACUUGUCGGUCGACCAGACUGCCGACUUCACUGGUGCUAAUGAUGAAGCUACGGGCAUGAGUCUCUACCACGCCUCUAAGCUCCUUGCAAAUCAAGCUAGCUGGGACUUCAAGAAGACCGAGAACCCUAGUUUCUCCCUCGUGACCAUCCACCCUGCCUUUGUGUAUGGACACAACCCCCUCCAGACCACUGCCGAGGAGCUGAGUGGCACCAACGCCCUUUUCUUCCUUACCGUUGCCGGUGGGAAACCACUGGUCCCCAUUACUGCUGUCCAUAUCGACGAUGUUGCCGAGGGCCAUGUCAAGGCCUUGGCCGACAAUAUCCCGGACGGGUCAUCGUACUUACUCGCUGGGAAGAAGGCCUUUUGGAGGGACGUGGCAGCGAUUGUGAAGAAGGAGUACCCGCACCUUGGGUUCAAGAUCUCAGAGGAGAUUGCCGGAGAGUCUUGGCCCGUUAAUACGACCAAGGCCGAGACGGAAUUGGGGAUGCACUGGCGGUCGUUGGAGCAGAUGACGAGGGAUGUUAUCGACCAGCAGAUCGAGCUGCGCAGUCAGGCUAAAAUCUGA